CUGCGUCACGUGAUGACCAACCUGGGAGAGAAGCUGACAGAUGAAGAGGUUGAUGAGAUGAUCCGAGAGGCUGAUGUAGAUGGAGAUGGGCAGGUUAACUACGAAGAGUUCGUGACGAUGAUGACUGAGAAGUAAUCGCCAGAAAGAUUUCCCGCCAUCUUGGUUUCCCAGCAUGCAACGCAACCGCGGAAUGCUACUAUUCAGUUUUCACAAUUUAAAAACAAUCCCAGUAUUUAGAUACAUAUAUUUUUGGCCUGUGUUUUUGGGAUGUUCUAGUUCUUCAAAUGCUAUAAUGUUAAAUUCUUCUAUCUACCAAUUUAAAACCAGACCGUUAACGUCCUUACUUCUAGAUUAAUUUUGUAUACAUGUACUGAAUUCGUGAGGGACCCAUGUUGGUAUAGUCAUCCACUGCAUAUGUUGACAGAAAAGAAGUUAGGAAUGACUGUUUGCUCAUAACUAAGAAACAAUUGAUAUGUCACACACAUUACAAAUUCGGACAGGUAUUGUGAAUAGUUCUUACGGGUUUGAGAAGAAAGUAGCGUAGUUUUGUAUAAACUUUUAUGCAAAUUGUUGCAGCUUUGCCUUCAAAGAGGAGGGGAGCAGAUGAUCUCUUUCGCAUGAACAUCAAGACGAACCAAACAAUAAAGAGAUGGUGGCCUUGAAAAA